GGCGGGCUGCAGUGAGCGACGGACGGUCGGACGGGGGCGGUCACGCGGCCCAGCCUCACCAUCUCCGUCAUCUCUCCUCGCACACACUCGCCACUCUCCCUUACUACCUGUCCUCUGCCCUCAGCCACGGACACUCAGACGACAUCAACCAUGAACAGGAAAGUUAAUAACCUGAACCAAAAAAGCCACAAUUUGUUAAACAUCCUCAACUCGUGCAAGUCUGCAGAUGAUUUGUUUAAUAAUGUAAGAAAUAUUCUGAUCAAAGAAGAGAGUGGGGUUGAGAGACUGCCUUCCUGGUUGCCUGAUUCAAGUGAAGCAGUCUUAAAAUGGACACAAAAGGUAAUCGAGUUGGAGCACUUUCCAUCAGCAUGCUGUUUAGUAAAGCUGUUGUCCCUAUAUGCAGCUACUGGUAGCAGUCAAGCUGUAAAUUCUGAUAUGCUUUUAAGAGUAUAUCUUCAAAUGAACAGCUUUGCAGAGAAAGUAGAGCCUCAUGAUGAUCCUUACUACUUGGAACUAUGGCAUGACCUAACUGGAUUGUUUUAUAGCCUGACAGAAUACCACCAGAAUACAGUACUGAGUAAUUUUUGUCUUGUGGGAAGAUGUUUACUAACACCUGCUGUAAAUUCAAACAAACCAAGCUCUGUUCGAGGUAAAUGUCUGAAGGACCUCAAUGAACUAAUGAAGUUGUCACCAAAUGUGGCUCGUGAUGCCUUCAGGAAAAAUUGCGAUGAUCUUUUCAUCCGUCUUCCACGUCUUCUGGAAGAAUUAGGUGACUAUGAUCUUCAAGUCACUGUUGUGGAAGCCAUUUACCGCAUGACUCCAUCGCAUGAGAGAAGCCGGUGUGUCACCCAUUGGUUUCCAAAUUUGGAAUGUCCACUCCAGUCACUUUUCAUAAUGAUAACAGAAUUUGACCCAGAUUGCCGCCGUUUUUUAAAUGCCUUUAAUUCGGCCUUGGGACAAGAGCGCAAGGUUUAUACCUUUCCCUGUAACUCUGCAACUGUUGGCCAAAUGAGGUUGACUAAACCCCAAGAUCCUUCAUACCAGAAAUUUUGGGUGGACUUUAACCUGGGAAGUGAAACAAUUUUACUACUGUGCCAAAAGCCAUAUAAUGCAAAUGCAGGAACCUCAUUCAUUGAUCAUCCAUGGGAAAGUUUGGUGCUUGACAAGCAAGAUAUCCAGAAAGUAACUUUAACACGCACUGUUCAAGUUUACUCCCUUGAGGUAUUAUUGAAGAAUUCAGACACAAUAGCCGACUUAUUUGCUUCGCAACUGUCACAAGAAAGUCGUUGCCUAUUGUCCGAUACAUUUUUGUUUGAGUUUGCUCCACUGGAGAUGUUGGAAAGAGUCUGCUCUUGCAUAUUUAAGGAAAAGUUUCAGAUUGUUGCACUGGAACCAGAGGGGUGGGUUAAUAUUGCAGCAAGGAAUGCCUCUGGUCAAAGUGGGGAAGUUAUGCGGAGCAGUGGUUCAAGCAGGAGGUACAGGAAAUGUUCCAUGAAUUUGGUUCAUUGUAAGGCUAGUAGCACAAGCACUUCAGACCCUAAGAGUGAGAUCUUUAUUGCAAAGAGAAGGAAGAUUGAACAGGUUGGCACCAUCUGCAAUGCACAUCUGCCUUCAUCACAGGCCUCAAGUGUUUCAUGUGCCAAGAAGCACAGGAAGUCAUCAGUUACUUAUUUGUCUGAUUCGAGCCAAAUUAGAAAAGAAAUUGCAAUGAAGAAGUUCCCAGAGUUGGAAUACACUGGCCCCAAUCUUCCAGUAAGACACUUCACCAAAACCUCAGAAUGUUCUAUAAACCUUGAUUUUGAUGAGACAAUACCACACUACCAGGUCAAAACUGAAAAUGGUAAUGCAGAAUCAACUAGUGGAAAGAAGUCUAGGAUGAAAAACUUCCCAGUAACUCAAGAAGUAUUUUCUUCUGUAAAACAAAUUGAGGAGAGUCCUAAUAUGAAUACAACUUCACAGGAUGCUAGGCUUCUUAAUUUGGCCAUGGACACACUGGAGGACCAUACAGAAAAUGAUAAUAUUUCAAGCUUAACAAAUAAAAGACCAUUUAAACCCAUAGAGACGAAUCCUUCAGAGGAAGAGGUUAUCCCAUGCUCUUUAAAUUCUCAAGAAAGAGUCAAAUGUCUUAGUAUCAAUGUAACUCCAUUAUGUAAAAAUAAAUUCUCUCCUAAGGUACUUUUUAAGUCAGAAUCAAAAAAGUUAAGUAAAAGUUCUGAAAGUUUAUCUGUUGAAUUUGUUGGAGACAAAGUGGUGGAAGAAGUGCUGGCUGAUGUGCAACAGAAGAAAAGUAGUAGUUUACAUUGUAUGCAGAAACAGUUACCUGCCUGCAGGAGAAGUUCAGAAAAAAGUCAGAGCACAACUGUACAGCCUACUUCAGUGCCAUGUUCAAAACUCAAGAAAAGUGAGACUUCUCGCAUGACCACAAAAUCAGCUAGUCCAGCACCUGCUUCUGACAGUAAGAAAAAUAAGCCAAAGCAAAUCUCGUCUCCACUCUAUAAAAAAGUGUACCCAUUGCGCAAUCGUAUAAAAUCUCAGAAUUUAAAUAAAAUUGUUCAACUAUCACCAGCGCAUAAGACUAAGGCUAAUAAAAAGAGUCUUGAAUCAUCUGUCAAAACAGAUGCAAAUAAGGGAAGAAACUCCUCUAAACCAAGAAAUAGGGCUUCACCAAAACCAAAGUUUACACCAUUGAAAACUCUCUCCCCUCUCAAAUUUGUUUCUGAAAUGUGUGAUAAUGCCUUCCUGCUUUCUAAAAAUUCAAAAACAGAAAUUACUUCACCAGCAGAAGAGAACGCUGCUCAUUUUGAUGUUACAAAUGACAUUAUUUCUGAUCAUGACACUUCUGGAAUAAAUACCUCAAAACUUAAUAUGCCACAGACUUGUACACCUAGAUUUACAAUUGAUGAUAAUGAUGCUCUGCAGUCUGAUCAUGUAACAAAUGCAUCUACUCCUUUAAUUGACUCCCACAAAGUAGUCGAUAUCACUUCUAGAAAUGAUACUAUAUGCACUGAUACACUAACAACUGUCACUGUAUACCCUGCUACUCCAAGAGAUAGUGCAAAAAGCCCUGCUACUCCAAGAGAUAGCACCAGAGGCACUGCUACUCCAAGAGAUAGAACAAAAAGCCUUGCUACUCCAAGAGAUAGAACAAAAAGCCCUGCUACUCCAAGAGAUAGCACCAGAGGCACUGCUACUCCAAGAGAUAGCACCCGAGACACUGCUGCUCCAAGAGAUAGAACAAAAAGCCUUGCUACUCCAAGAGAUAGCACCAGAGGCACUGCUACUCCAAGAGAUAGAACAAAAAGCCCUGCUACUCCAAGAGAGAGCACCAGAGGCACUGCUACUCCAAGAGAUAGUAGUAAAGGCCUUGCUACACCAAUAGAUAGUACAAAAAGCCAUACUACUCCAAGAGAUAGAACAAAAAGCCCUGCUACUCCAAGAGAUAGCACCAGAGGCACUGCUACUCCAAGAGAUAGUAAUAAAGGCAUUGCUACUCCAAAUGAUAUUAAAGGCCUUGCUACACCAAGAGAUAGUACAAAAAGCCCUGCUACUCGAAGAAAAAGCACCAGAGGCACUGCUACUCCAAGAGAUAGUAAUAAAGGCCUUGCUACUCCAAGAGAUAGUACUAUAUACUCUUCCACUCCAAAUGUAAGCAUGGUGCACCCUACAACUCCAGUGGCUGGUUCUGUACACCCUACAAUUCCAGUGGCUGGUUCUGUACACCCUACUACUCCAGUGGCUGGCCCUGUACACCCUACAACUCCAGUGGCUGGUUCUGUACACCCUACAACUCCAGUGGCUGGUUCUGUACACCCUACAACUCCAGUGGCUGGUUCUGUACACCCUACAACUCCAGUGGCUGGUUCUGUACACCCUACAACUCCAGUGGCUGGUUCUGUACACCCUACAACUCCAGUGGCUGGCCCUGUACACCCUACAACUCCAGUGGCUGGCCCUGUACACCCUACAACUCCAGUGGCUGGCCCUGUACACCCUACAACUCCAGUGACUGGUUCUGUACACCCUACAACUCCAGUGGCUGGUUCUGUACACCCUACAACUCCAGUGGCUGGUUCUGUACACCCUACAACUCCAGUGGCUGGUUCUGUACACCCUACAACUCCAGUGGCUGGUUCUGUACACCCUACAACUCCAGUGGCUGGUUCUGUACACCCUACAACUCCAGUGGCUGGUUCUGUACACCCUACAACUCCAGUGGCUGGUUCUGUACACCCUACAACUCCAGUGGCUGGUUCUGUACACCCUACAACUCCAGUGGCUGGUUCUGUACACCCUACAACUCCAGUGGCUGGUUCUAUACACCCUACAACUCCAGUGGCUGGUUCUGUACACCCUACAACUCCAGUGGCUGGUUCUAUACACCCUACAACUCCAGUGGCUGGCCCUGUGGAACCUAACACUCCAAAAAGAAAUGUAUUGCAAUGUGUCCCUCCACAACCUAAUGUUAUUUACACUACAACUCCAAAAGCUUGCUCUCCCACUACUGUGGCUGAUGCUUUCCAUCUUUACCCUCCUGAGGUUCAUUCUCUGAAGCAUAUCACUCAAGAAGUUAAUUCUUUGUGCUUUACCACUCCAGUAAGAAAAGUUUUGACUCCUGUUGGUCAUAAUACAAAUAUUGUCCAGUUUUCAACCCAGAAGUUUGAAAACUCAUGCCCAACUUCGCCAGAGCGAAUGUGUCCACCAACUCCAAGUGAUGAUGCUCAAGAACUUUCCUCUUCAGCGUUUAAUGCAUUGCAUAAUGAUAUACCGAAGGCUAAAAUUUUGCAGUAUGCUUCUCCAGGGACUGUUGCUCCAUGGCCCGAUAGCCAAAAACCUGAUAUUUCAGAAACUGAUAGUGAACAUCUUGAUACAACUAAGGCUGACAGCCUACAGUAUAAUAAUCCAAGACGUGACCAAAGACCUGACACUCCAUGGCCUAAAAUCCAUGAGUGUGAUACUCCAAGGCCUGGCACUGCAUGGCAUGGUACCCAUUGGCCAAAAAUCAUUGAUUUAGAUGCUUCUUUGCCCAGCAGUGGUAAAAUGAAUUCUGUGACAUCUGGAACGGCAGAUAACUCCAUCAGUAAUGCUGGUAAUCCUACAUCUCUGCCCUCUAUCCCCUUUUUACCUCUAUCACCAAAAUCCAAUACAUCAUUACCAGUCUCCCCAAAAUCAACACCAUCCAGGGUUAACUCACCACGUUAUGAUAUCUUAAAAUCAGCUUCAUUUAUUCCUACCACACCAGAAUCUAUAUCUGUAAGUAUGCAUGGCUUUCCUCAGUCUGGCACUGAAAGUUCACUAUUCAACACAAAUAAUACUCAUAAGCAAUCAAUACAAUAUGCCUCAAGUUUGUAUAUUCCUGAGCACAUUGAGAAACUGGGAAAGGAGUCGGAACAACCAUUAUCAAGCAACAAAACCAUGCUUUUAAAUGAAAUUAAUCCUUCAGAUACAUUAGAGAACGUUGGUGAUCCAGAGCAACUUGAGCUAGAUGUUACAAGGAAUCAAGAUACAAAUGGAAUGGUAACUCGGAUAUCACCCAUUCAUCAACUUGAGACAUCUCAUUUAUAUGUUAUUGAUGGUACCAAAAAGAGUCCAAGCAAGGCUUUGAUGUCAACAUUAUUGAUUUUAGCAGACUAUCCUGUUAAAUCUACAGGCUUGAAAACUUCAAAAAGUGGUUUUAAGCCUAAAACUCAAAAGGAAAAUAUGAGAUCAAGGUCUUAUCCACCAUUUCAAAGUAGAAAUAGGAGACACCCUUCAGUUUCAGAUAUUUCAGAGGAUACUAGAGUAAGAAAUUGGAAAAGUAAAAAGAAGCUUUUUGAUACCACAGCUCUAACAAUGCUGAAAGCAAGUCCUCCCCUGAAUAAUACUCAUGAAUUAAACACUUUUGAUGAUGAGGGUUCAGAAUCUCUUCCAGUACCCUCGGUUCAAACAUUUAAGAAUGGAACUGAUUCCAGUGAAAAAUACAAAAGCACUAAUUGUAGUCUUCAUGAUGAUACAACGUCACCCGAUUUAAAAAAAAGCUCGAGGAAAUAUUUUAGGAAGCAUAGAAGGCCUUCAGGUCCCCUACAGACAUUGAGCAAGAAUAAAAGCAAAUAUUUUAAAGCAAGUAAGAGUGUUAAAGAAAGACAAUUCACCAAAACUAUUUCAGAGUCUCAAAAUUUAAAUAGAACAAAAACCAGCCCUAAAAUAGGAAAAGUAAAGGAUUCCUCAAAGAAAUCAGCAGCAUAUGGUUUCUAUGAGCACCCAGAGAUUAAUGAAAUUGAGACUCAUUCACAUGACAUUUACUCUGAUCUUGAUAGUUCAGGAAAAGAAACCGAACACAGUUGGUUAUAUAGUCAAAGGCAAAGUGUAAAAUUUGAAGGAUCUACAUAUUCUAACAGAAAAUCUUCAUCUGGGCCACAGAGGUCUGAGAAGAGCAGCGACGAGUGGCAACCAUUUAGAGAACGGAAAAAAUCACAAGUAAAGGUUAGAAGACAGCGUAUUAGCCUUGGCAGGGAGGCAAAGGUUAAUAAUGUAAGUAAACGGAAACGUAUACCAAGGACCUGUGAAAAAAGUAAUUCUUAUGCCGAAAGAAACACUGACAUUGAUACUGAUAACAACCCGUUAAGUACAGUUAAUAAAAGUACUGAAUUAGCAACAAGUGGAGAACAAUCCUAUAUUCAGAAUAAAUCUGCAGACAUUCUACGCCACACUAGUAAGAGUUCACUCGAGUCAAACACCCCAAACAUGAUGGACUUCAAUCUCAUUCCAUCAAAAGGAAAAGACCUUGAUGAUAGGCAUAAAAGGGUAAGAGCUGAUAUCAGUGAAUUUUUUGGAUUUUCCUCCCCUGAAACGAGUGAACCAUGUACAAAGCGAAUUCGAAAAUCAGUAGAAGAAAUGGAAGUUAAGACCUUUGUUGAAAGCAAUCUUCCUCAACAGCUAGGAAUUCCUAGUAAGCCAAAACCAGUUGUGAAUCAUGAUAUAUUUAAUAUACACAAUGUUCCUGGUACUCCAAAUAAUACUCCUGUAUCUGUAGAUGCAGAUCUCUCAACACAAACAUUUGACACCAGAGAGAUAAGUGAAGCUUUUAAGAAUAAACUUCAUACCCAAAGCAGCUCUUCUGGACCACUUCAGAGCACUUUGAUCGAAGAUAAUGAAGCUUUACCCUUGGUAUCUGCAGCAAGAUUUAGCUAUGUAUCAGAGGCAGAAACAUCCUAUGUUGAACAAGUAGCUGAAAAGAAUAACAUAGUUUUAGAUACACAAAAUGAUCCUGUAAAUGAAUUGAAGGAAACAUUUGGUACACCAGAUCAUAAAACUGGAAUCAGCUCUGAACUAAAAUUUGAUGACUUAUCUGUGGAAGAAGAUAUCCAGGAGCCAUCUGAUAUAAUAUUACAACGAUCUUGGAUGUCAUCAUCUGAUGAAAAUUCGCCAAGUUUAAGGGAAAACCUUCCUCAAGUAAAGCAUUUAGAAAAUGAAGAAGGGUGCCACUUAAAAUCUUCAUCACAUGAAAGUCAAGCGACCUUAUCAGCUGCCACACAGCUGAUACCUAAUGAAUCGCAUAACUCCCAAGAUCUAUUUUCUCAAGAUAAAUUGAUUAGCCCACCUAUGCCAUCAUUGCAAAACUAUGGUAAAUCUUUGCAAGAUAAUGAUUAUGCAGCUUCAACCCAGACUUCUGUUGCCCUAAACAGCCUCCUUAGCAAACUAACAAACACGAUGUUUGCAAAACCCAUCUCAGCAUAUCAGCAAACUCCAAAUAAUGCCAAGAAAGCAAGUAUUUGUAAUUUACUAAAUCAAUUUUUAAAUAAUUUUCUAAUUAACUUCAGCUAUAAGGGAAAUAAAAUGUACUUUAUCCUAAAUGAGAGCAACACUUGUGGAGAGGAAAAAAUUCCCCCCUCUAAUGAGAAUAUUACCGAUUCUGUGCAGCAUGUAAGGGCUAGCAUGGAACACCUUGCAGAAUCAAUUUACAGGUGA